GCACGUCCUAAGACGCAGGAAACGACGGCUCCUCUUCCGCCAUGGACAAACUCUGAUCGAUCCAAACGAGAUUUUUGCCUUCGGGAUUCAAUGUGAAAGGUUGAACUUUUUACUCCGAGCAGUGAUUUGGGGGAAACGAGAUCGAUUUGGUUUCGAAAUUGAGGCGGAUUUGAUCUCGCUCUCGCGAAGAAUGAACUUUAACAAGCAUGCUAUUAUGGGGGGAGCAGCAGCAGGGGGAGAUGGGUUGGGAGCAGAGGCGAACGGCGGCAGCCGGAGCAUUGGACUGGCGCGGCAGUCGUCCGUCUACUCGCUGACGUUUGACGAGUUCCAGAGUUCUCUGGGGGGAGUUGGGAAGGACUUCGGAUCCAUGAACAUGGACGAGCUCAUCAAGAACAUCUGGACCGCGGAGGAGAGCCAGACCUUGGCGAGCGCCGUUGGAUCUCGCAUCGAAGAAGCUUGCCUCCAGAAGCAGGGAUCCUUCACCUUUCCCCGAACUCUAAGCCAAAAGAGUGUGGAGGAGGUCUGGAGGGACCUUGUCUAUCCGGUCCAGGCCCCCCCGGCUACUGCCGGUGCCUCGUACCAGCACCAGCACCAGCACCAGCAACAGACACUGGGCGAGAUUACCCUAGAGGAGUUCUUAGUCAGAGCUGGUGUAGUCAGAGAGGAACCAGCUACAUCCAGAUCGAUUGCUGAUGCUGGCGAUAGCAGUGGCCAUAACAGAUCUAUCAGGAAUGCGCUCUUCGGUGAUCUACAAGUUGCAAACAAUGCAUCCGGUGUUUCGCUAGGGUUUCUCCCACAAGAUCGAAGCAGUAGAGAUGCGGUUGUUAGCAACCCGACUUCUAAUAGUGCUGCAGCUGCUUUGGCGAUGAUGGUCGCCAAUGACGGAAUUCCAUUGGCAGCGCCACGGGGUGAUGUUAAUUUAGCUAGUCCCCGGGGAAUUCGAGGGGCAGGCCUCAUGGGGUUUGGAGAAGUUGGGUUGAACAAUGGCUUGAUGUCUGGAGCUGUUGGUUUGGGUGCAAGAGCAGGUAUCGUUACCGCUGCAUCUCCAGUGAACCAUCUACCUUCAGAUUCACUUCCCAAGAGUGGUGGAGAUCAAUCUGCUAUCUUAUCAGUUCCAUACGUUUUCAGUGGAGGUCUGAGAGGAAGGAAGUCCGGUGCUGGGGAGAAGGUGUAUGAGAGGAGGCAGAGGAGGAUGAUCAAGAACAGGGAGUCAGCUGCUAGAUCACGUGCCAGGAAGCAGGCAUAUACCAUGGAGUUGGAACUAGAAGUGGCAAACCUAAAAGAAGUAAACCAAGAAUUGCAGAAGAAACAGGCAGAAAAAAUGGAGAUGCAGCAAAAACAGAUCCUGCAAAUGAUUAAUGAGCAGCGAGGACCGAAGAAGCCAUGCCUGCGAAGAACACAAACAGGCCCUUGGUAAAGUUUUGAAUGGACAGUGAUAACAUGAUAUAUCAAAGUUAGCUUCUACAAAGGCCCUGCCUCUAUUGUAAAUCAAAGAAUUAUAUUGCUAUUUUCUAGAGGUUCCAAAUUCUCUUGUUCUGAGCAUCUUACUUUUGAGUGUUUUAAUUGACUUAGCUUUAGGAAACUGUAUCAAACCUCUAUUGUAUAGAUUUCAUUCUUGCAGAUUGCAGACUUUUUUACCACUAAA